UUAAAAAAGAAAUUAUUUAUAUAGAAUGAAUGUAGAACAAGUAAGUAGCUAGUGUCCAUGCUGUAAAAUCCUCCACCUCUUAUUUCUCUGUCUGUGUUUUGAAGUGUUAGAUCGUCUUAUCUACAAAGUAGAAAGAAAGAAAGAAUUGGUGAAUACUUAACAUCAGAAGAAAUGGCUGCAGCAGCAGGAGCAUGCCUUCCUCUUGUUCCUCUGUUUUAUACUAGUGGUUGUGGUUCAAAUGCUGUAACCAGAUGCAGCAGCAGCAGCAGCUCCCCAAUUAGAUCAACCACAAACACUUCAAAUGUUAUAACAAAAGUAUUUCAUAAUUAUGAUUACUGUUAUAAGGCUAGCAGCAGCAUGAUUGGAUCAUGCAGGAGGAGGAAGGUUGCUUGUUAUUCUGCUGGUAGUGGUACUAGUAGUGGUGGUGGUAUCACAGAGUUUGAUCUGUAUGAGCUGAUGGGGAUCGAUAGCAGUUGCGAUCCAUCUGAGAUCAAAAGAGCGUACCGGACGCUGCAGAAGCGGUGCCACCCGGAUAUCGCAGGGCCAGCAGGGCAUGACAUGGCUAUCAUCCUCAAUGAAGCAUAUGCUCUUCUCUCUGAUCCUAAUUCACGUUCAGCUUAUGAUAAGGAGCAAGCGAAAAUUGCGGAGCUUCGAGGGUACUCAGGGAAACCAAUAUACUCAGUUUGGUUUGGUUCAGAAAGCGAAGAAAGAGCUGUUUUUGUGGAUGAAGUCAAGUGCAUUGGGUGCUUGAAAUGCGCCUUAUGCGCUGAAAAUACUUUCGCAAUCGAAUCAGUGUAUGGAAGAGCCAGGGUUGUUGGACAGUGGGCUGAUCCUGAAUCCAAAAUCCAAGAGGCCAUUCAGGCUUGUCCUGUUGAUUGCAUCUCGAUUGUGGAGCGAUCAAACCUAGCAGCUCUGGAAUUUCUAAUGUCCAAGCAGCCUCGAGGCAGUGUAAGAAUAGGCAUGGGGAACACAGCAGGUGCCCGUGUCUCCAACAUUUUUGUUGAUCUCAAAAAAUUCCAGACCAGAUUCCAGGAUGCAGCAAAACAAAAAGCUUCCUCUACACAGACUUCCAGUGAGACGGACCUUCAAAGAGAAGCAAGACUGUCAGCAAUUCAAGCCAUCAGAUCAAUCUCCAACUGGUUGUACUGGAAAACCCCCUAUUCAACCUCAGCUCAUCAUCAGUCCACAUCUCUCCAAAACUUUACCCAAUCAUCCAUUGGCCCUACAUAUUCAUCCCAUUCCAACCACAGGGAUAUCAGCAACCUCCUCCGAGAGGCAGCGGCUGCUAGGAAACAGGGCAGAUAUCAGCGGCGCACAAGACCCGUCCGGCCAUUAAACCCACCAUCAUCCAAAGAGGAGGACGGUGACUAUUGGAAACCAUUAACCAAUGCUCUUCCUCAUGCAGCAGCAGCAACAGCCUCCUCAUCAACUCAGAACAACCCCUCCAACUCAUCACAGCCUUCACCUGCUCAUAAACGACGGAAUGUCGACAAAGAUGAUAGAUCAGUACAGAGGAAACCCAAGCCCAACCCCAUUAAAUGGUUGGCUCCAAUGGCACCAGCAAUAUUGAUGGCUGCCGUUGUUGGUCAAUCACAGUCACAAGGAGACGGGCGCGCUGUAGGUAAUGGUGGUGGUGGAUUAACGGAACAUAUAUAUGGCUCUUUCGCAUUGGAGAUAGUCAACAGUUCUUGGUUACAGAUCAUAUUGGCGGCCAUCACUUGGUACAUCAUUGGCAUGGUCAUUGUGGGACUUGUAGAUGCCAUUAAAAGUAGGCAAACUUAGGACACACAUUUCAUAAUUAUACUAAAUAUAUACAUAUAAUAUAAUAAUGAAAAUCUAAAGCACCAUUGGCAUUUUUUACUA